AUGCCUGUGGUCGACCUCCAUGAAGUUAAGCUGCGAGUCUACCUAUCCGCAGUUCGCCCCAUCAUGAUGUACGGAUCGGAGACUUGGGCGGCACCCCCAACGGUUAUGGAGAGGUUUGACUGCACGGAACGAAAGCUGCUUAGACGGCUACUUGGCUACUUUUGGCCUAGGGUAUGCCACAAUGAAGAUCUUUACGCAGAAAUUGAUGUGGUAUACCGGCGGAUGACACGUGGAAGAUGCCAACAUCUUGCACCGCCAUCGAAAAUCGCUAAAGUAAACCCUCUUCGCUUCUUUGGUCAUAUAUUAAGGAGACCGGCAGAUCGCCUUAUUCAACGAGUUCUGAGGAGUUUCCCGGGUUCGAGUUGGAAGAAGCCACCUGGCCGAAAACGGAACUUCUGGACUGAUGUGGUGAAAGAGGACCUGAGGACACUCGGCGUGGAUAGGCAGUUCAGGCGAGACGUAGUGUUUCGCAGAAUAUGGAAUAGCGACGAAUGGAUUGGUUCUGUGCAAACUCUCGCAGAAGAACGAGAAGGUUGGGCAGAGCUGUGUUCAAGGACGGCACACCUCGGCGAAGAUGCGGGUAAUCGCGUCAGGCGAUGA